UCUCCCCCUCUGUAUAGUCCCACCCCCUCGCCAAUAAAAAGGGCUGGCUCGGCUCUGGCUCCUUGCAGUCGGCGAAUUGUCAGGGCGGGAGGAUCCGUGAGCCUGAGCAGCACGCAGUGGCCCGCGCGGCAAAGCAGAAAGCAAGCCUAACAGAGUGCACUGAGUGGCAGUGGCAGCGGUGGCACAGGCAGCCCAGGCAGUCCGGGCAGCCCAAACAGCCUCAGAAACAACCUCGACUACUCCAGCUGCUCCGCGGACUGCGAGCUGUGGCGGUAGAGCCCGCUACAGCAAUCGCAGUCUCCGUGGAGCGGGCGGAAGCCUUUUCUCUCUUUCGUUUACCUCUUCAUUCUACUCAAAAGGCGUCGUUCACUGGGAAAAUCCUUUUGUGAAUAAGGAUUCCACAGAUCACAUGCCAGAGAGGUCUUGCCUCAACUGCUCUCAACUUUGUAAUCUUGUGAAGAAGCUGACAAGCUUGGCUGAUUGCAGAGCACUAUGGCGACUAUACGAAAGUGGGUUUUAAUUCAGAUAUUUCAAGUUUUCUGUGGGUUGAUACAGAGAACCAUCACAAUCGUGCCUGGUAUGGACUUGUUGUCCGGGACGUAUAUAUUUGCGGUCCUGUUAGCAUGCGUCGUGUUUCAGUCUGGCGCCCAGGAGAAAAAUUACACCGUCCGAGAAGAAAUGCCAGAAAACGUCCUGAUAGGCGACUUGUUGAAAGACCUCAAUUUGUCGCUAAUUCCCGACAAGUCCUUAACGUCUCCAAUGCAGUUCAAGCUCGUGUACAAGACAGGGGAUGUGCCACUGAUUCGUAUUGAAGAGGGUACUGGUGAGAUCUUCACUACUGGCGCUCGCAUUGAUCGUGAGAAAUUAUGUGCUGGUAUCAUGAUGGAUGCCCAUUGCUUUUACGAAGUGGAGGUUGCUGUUUUGCCGGAUGAAAUAUUUAGACUGGUUAAGAUACGUUUUCUGAUAGAAGACAUAAAUGAUAAUGCACCGUUAUUCCCAGCGACGGUUAUCAACAUCUCAAUUCCAGAGAAUUCGGCUAUAAACUCUCGGUAUGCUCUCCCAGCGGCCAUUGAUCCUGACAUAGGAAUAAACGGAGUUCAAAAUUACCAACUAAUUAAGGGUCAAAAUAUUUUUGGGCUUGAUGUCAUAGAGACACCAGAAGGAGACAAGAUGCCACAACUGAUUGUUCAAAAGGAGUUAGAUAGGGAAGAGAAGGAUACCUAUGUAAUGAAAGUAAAGGUUGAAGAUGGUGGCUUUCCUCAACGAUCCAGUACUGCUAUUUUGCAAGUAAGUGUUGCUGAUACAAAUGACAACCGCCCUGUGUUCAAGGAGAAGGAAAUUGAAGUUAGUAUACCAGAAAAUGCUCCUGUAGGAACUUCAGUGACACAACUCCAUGCUACAGAUGCUGACAUAGGUGAAAAUGCCAAGAUUCACUUCUAUUUCAGCAAUCUAGUCUCCAAUAUUGCCAAGAGAUUAUUUCACCUUAACACCACCACUGGACUCAUCACAGUCAAAGAACCCCUGGAUAGAGAAGAAUCACCAAGUCAUAAGUUACUGGUUUUGGCAAGUGAUGGUGGAUCAGUGCCAGCAAGAGCAAUGGUCCUGGUAAAUGUUACAGAUAUCAAUGAUAAUGUCCCAUCAAUUGAUAUAAGAUACAUUAUCAAUCCAACCAAUGGCACUGUGGUUCUUUCAGAAAAUGCUCCACUUAACACCAAAGUUGCUCUCAUUACUGUAAUGGAUAAGGAUGCUGACCAUAAUGGUAGAGUGACAUGCUUCACAGAUCAUGAAGUUCCUUUCAGAUUAAGGCCAGUAUUCAGUAAUCAGUUCCUCCUGGAAACUGCUGCAUAUCUUGACUAUGAGUCCACAAGAGAAUAUGCCAUUAAAUUACUGGCUGCAGAUGCUGGCAAACCUCCUUUGAAUCAGUCAUCAAUGCUUCUCGUCAAAGUGAAAGAUGAAAAUGACAAUGCUCCAGUUUUCACCCAGCCCUUCAUAAGUCUUUCUGUUCCUGAGAAUAACUCCCCUGGCACACAGCUGACCAAAAUAAGUGCAACAGAUGCAGACAGUGGACAUAAUGCUGAAAUCAGUUACCUUUUAGGUACUGAUGCCCCAUCUGAAUUCAACCUGGAUCAUCGAACAGGCAUUCUGACUGCAGUGAAAAAAUUAGAUAGAGAAAAACAGGAAAAAUAUUAUUUCACUGUUCUGGCAAAAGAUAAUGGGAUGCCACCAUUAAUGACUAAUGCCACAGUCUUAGUAACCGUCCUUGAUCAGAAUGAUAACAGCCCAAUUUUCACUCACAAUGAGUACAACUUCUAUGUCCCAGAAAACCUUCCAAGACAUGGCACAGUAGGACUAAUCACCGUAACUGAUCCUGAUUAUGGAGAGAAUUCUGCAGUCACUCUCUCCAUUUUAGAUGUGAAUGAUGACUUCACCAUUGACCCACAGACUGGUGUCAUUAGGCCAAAUAUUUCAUUUGAUCGAGAAAAACAAGAAUCUUACACUUUUUAUGUAAAGGCAGAGGAUGGUGGUAGGGUAUCACGCUCUUCAACUGCAAAAGUAACCAUAAAUGUAGUUGAUGUCAAUGACAACAAACCAGUGUUUGUUGUCCCUCCUUCCAACUAUUCUUAUGAACUGGUUCUCCCAUCCACUAAUCCAGGCACAGUGGUCUUUAAGGUAGUUGCCAUUGACAAUGACACUGGAAUGAAUGCAGAGCUUCACUACAGCAUUGUAGGAGGAAACACAAAGGGACUGUUUGUAAUUGACCAAACAACUGGCAACAUCACACUGAAGGAGAAAUGUGUGGUUGCAGAUCUUGGUUUACACAGAUUGGUAGUUAAAGCUAAAGACUUAGGACAACCUGAUUCUCUCUUCAGUGUUGUAAUUGUCAAUCUGUUUGUGAAUGAGACAGUGACCAAUGCUACACUCAUUCAUGAAUUGGUGCGCAAAAGCAUUGAAGCACCAGCGACCCAAAAUAUUGAGACAGCUGAUACAUCCUCACCAACCAGUGACUAUGUCAAGAUCAUGGUUGCCAUUGUUGCUGGCACUAUAACUGUUAUACUAGUGAUUUUCAUCACUGCUGUAGUAAGAUGUCGCCAACCACCACACCUUAAGGCUGCUCAGAAAAACAAGCAGAAUUCUGAAUGGGUUACUCCAAACCCAGAAAACAGGCAGAUGAUAAUGAUGAAGAAAAAGAAGAAGAAGAAGAAGAAGAAGCAUGCCCCUAAGAACUUGCUGCUUAACUUUGUCACUAUUGAAGAAACAAAGGCAGAUGAUGCUGACAAUGAUGGAAACAGUGUCACACUAGACCUUCCCAUUGAACUGGAAGAGCAAACCAUGGGCAAAUACAACUGGGGCACUACGCCUACCACCUUCAAGCCUGACAGCCCUGAUUUGGCCCGACACUACAAAUCUGCCUCUCCACAGCCAGCCUUCCAGAUUCAGCCUGAAACGCCCCUGAAUUCAAAGCACCACAUCAUCCAGGAACUGCCUCUUGAUAACACUUUCGUGGCCUGUGAUUCCAUCUCCAAGUGUUCCUCCAGCAGUUCUGAUCCCUACAGUGUUUCUGAGUGCAGCUAUCCAGUGACAACCUUCAAGACUCCUGUGUCUGUACACACCAGACCGCCAAUGAAGGAGGUUGUAAGAUCUCGCACCCCCAUGAAAGAGCCAACAACUGUUGAAAUCUGGACUCAUCCUCAACCACAGCGGAAAUCCGAGGGGAAAAAGGCAGGAAAGUCCCAGCGACGUGUCACAUUUCACCUACCAGAAGGCUCUCAGGAAAGCAGCAGUGAUGGUGGACUGGGAGAUCAUGAUGCAGGCAGCCUUCCCAGCACAUCCCAUGCUCUGCCCCUUGGCUAUCCUCAGGAGGAGUACUUUGAUCAUGCUGCACCCAACAACCGUACUGAAGGAGAUGGCAACUCUGAUCCUGAAUCUACUUUCAUUCCUGGAUUAAAGAAAGCUGCAGAAAUAACUGUGCAACCAACUGUGGAAGAGGCUUCUGACAACUGCACUCAAGAAUGUCUCAUCUUGGGCCAUUCUGAUGCCUGCUGGAUGCCAGCUUCUCUGACCCAUUCCAGCCCUUCACAGGCACAGACCUCUGCUCUAUGCCACAGCCCACCCCUGACACAGGCAUCUGCUCACCGCCGCAGCCCUCCAGUGACACAGACCAUUGCUCUCUGCCACAGUCCUCCAGUGACCCAAGCUAUCGCUUUGUGCCACAGUCCUCCACCAGUACAGGCCUCUGCUCUCCACCACAGUCCUCCUCUAGCACAGGCCGCUGGACUUCACCACAGCCCACCCCCCACACAGGCCUCAGCCCUCCGUUACAGCCCUCCCUUGGCUCAGGCUACUGCAAUUCGCCGCAGCCCGCCUCUGCCACAGGCUGCCUCUCUCCACCGCAGCCAAGUCCAUCCUCCAAUGGGUUUGCAGCAAGGUUGGGUGCAAGGUGCUGGAGCUGAUGGACCGCAUUCUCUUGAUCAGGGAGUGCAAGGUAGUGCUAGAUCUCAGUUUUACACUAUGUCUGAAAGACUUCAUCCCAAUGAUGAUUCAAUUAAAGUCAUUCCCUUAACAACCUUCACACCAGGCCAACAGGCCAGACCCUCUAGGGGUGAUUCCCCCAUUAUGGAAGAACAUCCCUUGUAAAGUUAAAAUAGCUAUUUCACAUUUUCAGACAGAUGUAUAUAUUCAAAGUUGAAGAUCCAAUUUCAAGGAAUAUUCCAAAUUGCUAGGUUUGUAAAUAGCUCUGUAAAUAGAAACAGAUACCAGAAAAA